AUCUCCUCUCUGGGAAGUAAGGGACAAACAGUGCUGCCCAUAGAGGGAACAAGAGUCAUUUGGGGAACAAAAGAAAUUUCCAGGGACAGAGUCAUUCAGGGAGGGAGGGAUAGAUAAAGCUACAUGUGUCUGGCUGGGUUACAGAGCAAAGAAUAGAGAAGUGUCUGAAAACAGCUAUCUGAGGACGAGGUGAAUUGUUGGAGGAGGGGACAGGAGAGAUAGCAGAGCUAUUUCAAGAGUGAGCAGUAGAAGGGAACAAGAAUCCACGGACAGUCUAAGCGAGGAAGGGUCCAGAGGCAGUGAGGGAAGGCCAGGACCAGGGCCGAGGCCAGGGCAGGCACGAUCGCUGAGGGGAUGAACUUCACAGUGGGUUUCAAGCCGCUGCUAGGGGAUGCACACAGCAUGGACAACCUGGAGAAGCAGCUCAUCUGCCCCAUCUGCCUGGAGAUGUUCUCCAAACCAGUGGUGAUCCUGCCCUGCCAGCACAACCUGUGCCGCAAGUGUGCCAACGACGUCUUCCAGGCCUCGAACCCUCUGUGGCAAUCCCGGGGCUCCACCACUGUGUCUUCCGGAGGCCGUUUCCGCUGCCCAUCUUGCAGGCAUGAGGUUGUCCUGGACAGACAUGGUGUCUAUGGCCUGCAGCGAAACCUACUAGUGGAGAACAUUAUCGACAUUUACAAACAAGAGUCUUCCCGACCACUGCACUCCAAGGCUGAGCAGCACCUUAUGUGCGAGGAGCAUGAAGAGGAGAAGAUCAAUAUCUACUGCCUGAGCUGUGAAGUGCCCACCUGCUCUCUCUGUAAGGUCUUCGGUGCCCACAAGGACUGUGAGGUGGCCCCCCUGCCCACCAUUUACAAACGCCAGAAGAGUGAGCUCAGCGAUGGAAUCGCAAUGCUGGUGGCCGGCAACGACCGCGUGCAGGCAGUGAUCACACAGAUGGAGGAGGUGUGCCAGACCAUAGAGGACAACAGCCGGCGGCAGAAGCAGUUACUAACCCAGAGGUUCGAGGCCCUGUGCGCGGUGCUGGAAGAGCGCAAGGCUGAGUUGCUGCAGGCGCUGGCACGCGAGCAGGAGCAGAAGCUGCAGCGCGUGCGGGGCCUCAUCCGCCAGUACGGAGACCACCUGGAGGCCUCCUCUAAGCUCGUGGAGUCGGCCAUCCAGUCCAUGGAGGAGCCACAGAUGGCGCUCUACCUCCAGCAGGCCAAGGAGCUGAUCAAUAAGGUCGGGACAAUGUCGAAAGUGGAGCUGGCAGGACGGCCAGAGCCGGGCUAUGAAAGCAUGGAUCAGUUCACCGUGAGCGUGGAGCACGUGGCCGAAAUGCUGAGGACCAUCGACUUCCAGGCGGGCGCUUCUGGGGAGGAAGAGGAUGAGGAGGUGGCGUUGGAGGGGGAAGAGGGCAGCGCGGGGCCAGAGGAAGAGCGGCCGGAUGGGCCGGAAGGCACCGGCGGGCACUGACCCGCCCCCCCCUUUGGGGAGCCCGUGCACCUGGGGCCUGGCGCUCGGGGUCGCGGAGGACCUGCGCAGAGACCACCGCGCCACACAGCUCGGCGCCCCGCCGCGGGGGAGGGACUCAAUAAAGGGCUAACGAGUCCAAACUCGCA